AUGACGACCCCCACGCUCAUCAACUUACCACCACCUCCCUCGGACCCCGUCACUCCUGACAUGGGACCAGGUACUCCCAAUUCCGGCACUACGUCCCUAUCUGCACUAUCGACAACAGCCAUCAAAGAUGGACACCAGGGUCAUUUCCCCCACGGCCGUCACGCUCAUCAUUCUUCCUCGGCUUCCAUCUCCUCAACUACGACUCUAGAAGCUGAACGCGCCGAUCGCAUUUCCCGACUAGCUGGUCUGGAACGAGUCGCAACCGCUCGAGCUGGGGGUAAUUCGCCUUCCAACGCUGCUUUGCAUAUGCCGCAUACAUCGGGCUAUUUCGAUAGUCCGGCCACUCUCAAGGAGCGGAGUACGGUUGGUAGUGCUAGCGCAACAGCUAGCAUUGGUGGUCACACGACAUGGGCUAGUGGCAGUGAUGCCUUCGAAGCUGAUAAGAUGAGCGAGGACCCAGAUGACGGUGUCUCGAGCGUCAGCAAUAUUAGUGAUGAGGGUAAUGCUAGCUUGGUUGGUUUUGGUGAGGGUGCUAGUAGCACUAUCAGUGGUCCGACUUCACGUCCUCCCGGCAUGAAUCGUAUGUCUUCGGGUGGUGUCAAUGCUCGUCCGACUUCUAUGGGAAGCUCGAAUGUUAAUCGGUCAAACCCCAUCGCCUCCUAUAUCCAGCAGCAGCAGCUGUACAAUACUGCUGAUAGCCCUAUGGAUGUGCACUCCCCUGCUGGUUCGAAUACUCCGGAACCUGUCUCGGAGGAUGCGCGAAUGGUCGACGGUAUGACCUUUGACUCGGAUGUGGUUGAUACCACGGCUCGUACGCCACGGCUUGUGACGCCAUCUAACCAGGGUAUGGGUGGCUUUGAGGCCCCGGAUCGCGAAUGA